AUCUCUUUUGGCCGCGGCGCGAGACAAGAAGAUUAUUAGUACACGCGCAGAGGGGGGAGAGAGAGAGAAAGAGGGAGCGCGAGAGAGCUGGAUAUUAGUUUGGCUUCUAGUCUUUUAGGAGGAGCAGCUCGCUGCCCGUGUGAACUGUCUUCAAACUGUAGAAGACGCACAGACAGACACUCCCCCGUUUAAAGCCCGUUGCGGGGUCCGUAGGUGAGUUUGGAAGCGAGUCCUUUUUUUCCAAUUCAGGAAGAAGAAGACGGGGGAGAAGAGAAAGUCAUGGACAGAGGAGUAGAAUUAAAAAGAAGCUAGCGCCCGCAGUAAAAAUAACCUUUGGAGGAGAAAAAGACAGAGAGCAGAAGAAGUGUCCGGAGAGGGAAGAGGAACAGGAUGGGGAUGGAUUUCAGCACUCUGCGUACUCUUAUCAGCCGAUAUUGUGUCGGGGAGGAGAACUGGGUCGAUAGCCGGACAAUUUACAUUGGACAUAAGGAGCCUCCUCCAGGAACUGAAGCUUUUAUACAGCAAAGAUUUCCUGACAACAGAAUAGUCUCUUCAAAGUACACGUUUUGGAACUUCAUCCCAAAGAAUAUGUUUGAGCAGUUCAGGAGAGUCGCCAACUUCUACUUUCUCAUCAUAUUUCUGGUUCAGUUGAUUAUUGACACUCCCACCAGUCCGGUCACCAGUGGACUGCCACUGUUCUUUGUCAUCACAGUCACCGCCAUUAAACAGGGUUAUGAGGACUGGUUGAGACACAAAGCAGACAACGCUGUCAACCAGUGUUCUGUCCACGUGGUGCAUCAUGGCAAAGUGGUCCGCAAACAAAGCCGCAAACUCAGGGUUGGAGAUGUGGUCUUGGUGAAAGAAGAUGAGACUUUUCCCUGUGAUCUCAUUCUCCUCUCCUCGUCUCGAGAUGACGGGACCUGCUUUGUUACUACAGCCAGCCUGGAUGGAGAGAGCAGUCACAAGACAUAUUAUGCAGUUCAGGAAACCAAAGCUUACAACACAGAGAAAGAGGUGGACACGAUCCAUGCCACAAUAGAAUGUGAACAACCGCAGCCAGACCUGUACAAAUUCGUGGGGCGUAUCAACAUCUACAUGACCAAUGAGCCAGUGGCAAGGCCGUUAGGAUCAGAGAACCUGUUGCUCCGAGGAGCCACACUCAAGAACACUGAAUAUAUCUAUGCUGUGGUCAUCUACACUGGCAUGGAAACCAAGAUGGCUCUCAAUUACCAGUCCAAGUCUCAGAAACGAUCUGCAGUGGAAAAGUCAAUGAAUGCCUACUUGGUGGUCUACCUGUGCAUUCUCAUCAGCAAAGCUCUCAUCAACACGGCACUGAAAUACGUGUGGCAGUCCGACCCCAACAAAGACGAGCCCUUUUACAACCAGAAGACGGAAGUUGAGAGACAGAGACACGUUCUAAUCAGGGCGUUCACAGACUUUUUGGCCUUCAUGGUUCUUUUCAACUACAUCAUUCCCGUGUCCAUGUAUGUCACUGUGGAGAUGCAGAAGUUCCUGGGCUCCUACUUCAUCAUGUGGGACGAUGAAAUGUUUGAUGAGGAGCUGGGGGAGAGAGCUGUGGUCAACACAUCAGACUUGAAUGAGGAACUGGGGCAGGUGGAGUAUGUGUUUACAGACAAGACAGGAACGCUAACAGAGAACAACAUGGAGUUUAUAGAGUGCUGUGUGGAUGGACACGUUUAUGUACCUCACGCUAUCUGUAAUGGACAGGUGAUGCCUGGAGCUGCCGGUAUGGACAUGAUCGACUCAUCCCCAGGUCCUGCAGCCAGGGAGCACGAGGAGCUGUUUUUCCGGGCGUUGUGUUUGUGCCACACGGUGCAGGUGAAAGAGGAGGAUACUGUAGAUGGGAUCAAACAUGGCAUUCACCAGGGCAAGUCCACUUCCUUCUACAUCUCCUCUUCUCCUGACGAGGUUGCACUGGUGGAGGGCAUGAAGAGGCUCGGUUUCACCUAUCUGAGGCUCAAGGACGGUCAGAUGGAAAUCUUAAAUAGGGAGGAUGAAGUUGAAAAGUUUGAACUGCUAGAAGUUUUGACAUUUGACUCAGUCCGACGGAGGAUGAGCGUUAUCGUCAAGGCCAGCACUGGUGAGGUUUAUCUCUUCUGUAAAGGUGCAGACUCCUCUAUCUUCCCAAGGGUCAUCUCAGGCAAAGUGGAUCAGGUCCGAGCACGAGUGGAGCAAAAUGCAGUGGAGGGUUUGAGGACACUUUGUGUUGCCUAUCGCUCUCUGAGCCCAGAACAGUACGAGGAGGUUUUCCAACUGCUGAACAGAGCUAAGUUAGCAUUACAAGACCGAGACAAACAGCUGGCAGAGGCUUACGACCUCAUCGAGAAGGACCUGAUACUGCUGGGAGCAACUGCUGUCGAGGACAGGCUACAGGAAAAAGCAGCAGACACCAUUGAGUCUCUGCACAAAGCUGGUAUAAAGGUGUGGGUGCUGACAGGAGACAAGAUGGAGACUGCAGCUGCAACGUGCUAUGCCAGCAAGCUGUUUCAUCGCAACACCCAAAUCCUGGAGCUGACCACCAAACGCACUGAGGAGCAGAGCCUUCACGACGUCCUGUUUGAAUUGAGCAGGACGGUCCUUAGGCAGCAUGGGGGCAUGACCCGGGACACCUUCUCUGAGCUAUCAGGUGAUUGCACCGACUAUGGUCUGAUCAUUGACGGAGCUACCCUCUCUGCUGUAAUGAGGCCCGGCCAGGAGGGCUCAAACUCAGGGAAUUACAAAGAGAAAUUCUUGGAAAUCUGCCGGAACUGCAGUGCCGUGCUCUGCUGUCGAAUGGCGCCACUUCAGAAAGCACAGAUUGUCAAGUUAAUCAAAGCCUCGGAGGAGCACCCAAUCACGCUGGCCAUUGGAGACGGAGCUAAUGAUGUCAGCAUGAUCCUGGAGGCCCACGUUGGUAUUGGCAUUAUGGGUAAGGAGGGUCGCCAGGCAGUGAGGAACAGCGACUACGCCAUCCCGAAGUUCAAACACCUCAAGAAGAUGCUGCUCGUCCACGGACACUAUUACUACAUACGCAUCUCUGAACUUGUACAAUAUUUCUUCUACAAGAAUGUCUGUUUCAUUUUCCCCCAGUUCCUCUACCAGUUCUUUUGUGGCUUCUCACAACAGCCGCUGUAUGACACGGCUUACCUGACUCUCUACAACAUCAGCUUCACCUCGCUGCCCAUUCUGCUCUACAGUCUCAUCGAGCAGCACAUAAAUAUGGACAUCCUGAAGAAAGACCCUUGUCUCUACAGAGAUAUUGCUAAGAACUCUUUGCUGCGGUGGCCCACCUUCAUAUACUGGACAGUCUUGGGCGUUUAUGAUGCCAUUGUGAUGUUCUUUGGUGCUUACUUCCUGUUUGACAACACCACCUUCACCAGCAAUGGACAGCUAAUGACAACCAACACACAGAUGAUGUUUGGAAACUGGACAUUUGGGACACUCGUCUUCACUGUGCUAGUCUUCACUGUUACAUUCAAGCUGGCCCUAGAUACUCAUUACUGGACUUGGAUCAAUCAUUUCGUUAUCUGGGGCUCACUGAUCUUCUUUGUGGUAUUCUCCCUGCUGUGGGGUGGAAUCAUCUGGCCAUUCCUCAACUACCAGAGAAUGUACUAUGUGUUCAUGCAGAUGUUGUCCAGUGGCCCAGCCUGGCUCAGUAUAAUCCUUUUGAUAACAGCCAGUCUGUUGCCAGAUGUGGUGAAGAAGGUCAUAUGGAGGACACUGUGGCCCACCACUACUGAGCGCAUACAGAAUGCAGAUAAACUCUACAAGGGCCAGCUGUCUGAGUUCACCCCCUUGGCUUCCCUCCACGCUCCGUCUAAGGGUAGCAGCCACCGGCGAGGCUCGGAAAACCAAAGGAACCCUCGAAGGUCUGAACCCUUUACCAAGAAAGUCAUGUUCACACGCUGGCAAAAAGCGCCAGACUACUGCACCUUCACCCCCCUCCUCCGGUUUGCUGAUAGCUCCCGCCAUUCAAGGCAGGGGUACAAUUACAGCGGGGCCGGGCCUGAGACCUCAGUCUAAUUUAUUUCUUUUUCUCCGGGGUAUUUUUUUUAAAUCUUAUAUUCUAAUAUCAGAAACAAUGUCAUCCACAUGGAGUUACUCAGAUAAAUUGGUGGAAAGCAAUUUUGGAGCUUACUUACUUGCUUCGACGUUACUGAGUUGGAGUAAAAUAAUAAACAGUUGAGGAGACUGCAAUGCUAAGUGACCUUCAUAAUUUCUGUCAAGUUAGCAGCCAAGUGUGGCGCAAAGCACUGCUGGACGGCUCUGGAGUGGACCCCGUCGGCAGGGCCUGGUUCGCUGCCACAACGUGCAAAGGGCUCAGUGUAAUGAUGUCACAGCAAACAAACUGACUCGAGCUUGUGUUUCACAUGAAAAAUAUGUGCACUGGCCCUUUACGCCUGCCUGCCUUUGAUGGUAGCUGAAGUGUACUUUACUCUGAUUAUUAGGGUGUUUUAAUGGCUAUUGUGAUAAUCAUGCUGAUGUUCUAUGACCGGAAUGAUGAUAAUGAGGACGACUGUAGACGUGCUCGAGCUAGCUUAAGCUUUCUGUGAUCAAACAUUUUCUUGUCUUCAGUCGCUGCCAUCUGUCUUUAUUCCCUUCUGUCUGUUUUGCCUCUUUUUAGGACUAACUGGUGUUGCCUGUGUGCAAACAUGUUAUCCAGAAACACUGCUUAGGACUCUGGGAUCAGAAACUGCAUCAUUGUAAGGAGGGUUGUAGUAGAAGGAAGAAUAAAUGUUGAAAAAUUAGUCUAUGGAGCCCGGAAGUAGCCGUAUAGGGGAAUUAAAUUAUUUUAUAUCGGGAUGAGAUACAAUUUUUGCUUAAUUUCUGAUUCAUUUGUGCAAACGAUACAGCAAGCUGAUUUUCCUAACUUUGAUUAGAUGGCAAACGGUGGUCAAGUCAGUUAAUAAUGACAGAAAAGCGUAGCUCAUGGUGCUUUCUGUGUCACAAUAUGUCUGGUUUAAAAACAUGUGGGAGCUUUGAAAGCUCUUAAACUAGCUCACCCUUAGCGACAAAACACAGAAAAGCCUCUUGGCUGUCAUAAACAUGAAGCAAUAAUUUAGAGCAAAAUGAUCUUGAAAUAGAAAAAGAAAAACAGAGGUUCAUUUAUUUAAAUAAUUUGUUAUUAAGAAAUAUAUGCUGGUGACAAUUUAACAGUUUACUUAAAUAACAAAAAUACAUGGAAAAUUUACAUGUAAUCUGAUUACUUAAAGUCAGUAUUUUGAGCAUGAUUAUGUUUUUUAAAUGUAAGCUGAAAUGCAACAAGUGCAAAUAUUGUAGGCAAAUUACAAUUUUUCACAUUUUUUUUAUCCUGUUUCCAUGGUAAUUUGUUACUUUGAUAGUAAAAUUGAAACACUUGAUUAAAUGUGUGUGUGUAUGUGUAUAUAUAUAUAUAUAUAUAUAUAUAUAUAUAUAUAUAUAUAUAUAUAUAUAUAUAUAUAUAUAUAUAUAUAUAUAUAAUAGUUACAUUUUGUUUUAUAAAGUGAACAAAAGCAGUGUUUACGUCGAUACUAAAGCCAACAUGUAUGCAUUGAGAUCAUCAUCAUACUGUACAGCACAUAGGGUGUAAAUACAGAGAAUGCAAACGGCACAAAUAGACCAAAACAUGGGAAUGCGUCAUAUUGCACGUACGUAUCUCAUUGGCUACUCCUGGGCUCCAAUAGCAGAGUCAGUAGGAGUUGGUCUUUGUGAACAUGUCAUACAGCCAACAUUUAAACUUUCAGAGUCACAUUUAGGUAGCUUAGAGCUUUGGUGUGUUAGAAGUUUGCGUGCGUAUCUGUGUGUGCUGAUAGAAGACUGUGUGUGUAUCUGUUAAUCUCCAUCUGUCCUAUCAUCUUGAACAUAGAUUGUAAACUUACCUUAUCUUUGGAUGACUAAAUGUCUUGUAGUAGAACACAGAGGAACUGCUUGUGUGACCGCUACCUGGCUGUUUCUUAUUGCCUUAAUGUCGUCUUGUAAACUCUGCUGUAUUUUUCACUGAUAUCAUUUACCAAAGAAACAGCAGGUAACGCUUUAUGAUCACCUUUAGAUAAUAGCUGGUUGCUUGUAUUUACUUUGAUUGAAGCACUUUAAAAUUAUAUAUAUUUCUCCUUUUAAUAUAAUUCACUCAAAGUGCCCCAAAUGGUUUGAUGCCUUAAAUAAAUAUCAAAUCAUUGAUAAUGUAUUAAAUUAUGAAACAAACAGCCGGCACAACCAAUUCAAAGAAAAAAAAGGAAUCGAGAUAGAAACACUUUUUUUUUAUUGGCCGUGAGACGACCUUUAACUGACCAGUAACACAGCAAAGUGUCCUCUCAUAUUCUGUGUACAGUAGAAAAUGGAAGAAUAAGUAUAUAUGGGGUUCUUAAGUGUAAAAAAAAAAAUUGCAUGUACAAAAAAUGUGAAAAAAAUCUAUUUUAAUAAUGUGACAGAGAAGCGAGCGUCUUAAUAUCCUUUCAUACUCAUUUUCCACCUCAUCUCAAUAGAAUAAGAUGCUUUUUAGCUCUGCAGAUCAGGUUGAUUGUAGCAUCUAACAGUUUAGUGCUCCCGCCCUUAAAAGCCUUAUAACGGUGUUAGAGAAAUCUAAUGAGAUUCUCCAGCUUAAAAAAAAGGGCCUUUACAGUGCGCUCUUUGAAUUCUGUCUCACACUUUCCUGUUUCAACUCGUACCCUCUGUCUCUGUCUCUCUCUCUCUCUCUCUCUCUCUCCCUCACACCCUCCCUCUCUUGAAGCGAUGUUGAAGCUGUUCCUACCUCUGUGACAGUUGUCUCCAUCUGCCUCAUCAUCAUCAUUUCAUCCAUCCCCUUCUGCGUCUUCUCUGUCGUUCCUCCGUUCAUACAUCGACUCAUCCAUCGUGAGACAGUAGAUCUGAUGUUUUUAGUUCUAUGAACCAAAGCCUUGUUGCUGCUAGAGAUUCUUUAGCUGCUUUACAUUAGGUGCCUUGUGCUAGUUUUCACAGCCUGUCUUUGCUUUGCUUUGUGGUCAAUUUGAUACUGUUAAUAGGCGCUUCAAUGGUACAAGGGCACAGCAGAUGAUGGAUGUAACUGGAGGAAUGAAAUAACUACUGUAGGUGAAAAGGCGAAUGUGAAAUCGAGUUUUUAUGCAGACUUCUGCUGAACAAGCAGAACUGACACACAGUCAAUGAACAAAUACCACUUAUGUUUAGUAUCUGUUUUUUUUAUAGCUUGUAUUAAAUUUUUUUUAAAUAAAUGCCCAUGAGGGCAUUUGUCUCUGAAAUGUUAUUUUUUAAUUGUUUUUGAUUAUGUACAAUGUGGAAAAUUCUCCCUUUUAUGACCACAGACUUGAAGAGCUCCAGCUCUGCUUUUUCAAAUCAGCUACAGGUGAUCAAUGGUAGUUUUUCUUUUCUUUUGUUUUUUUCCAUCUCCAAGUUUCGGAGAUUUAAAGUUGAUGGUAAAGCAAAAGGGUUUCUUGUACUGUUGGAAUUGUCUAAAAUGAAGGGUUGGUUUGGCCAAAUUCCAAAAAAAAAAAAAAGGUAUUUUCUGUUGCUGCUUUACGCACCAAAAAAAGAAGAACAUUCCAGAUUGAUCUGCUUAGUAGAGCAGAUUUCGAUAUUUAUCGAAUGAUAUUAGCUAUUUUCCGAUGUAUUGGCAUCAGUAUUUGUAACAGCCAAUAAGACAACCUUCAGUUAUGCUAUGAGGACAGUGCAUAGUUUGUCCAUCAGAGGGCACUGUGCAACAUCCCUUUUGGCAACAAACAAACAUAAUAAACAGGUAAUCUGAGCCUAAAUAAGCAAACUGAUAACUACACGUGACAAAUAUUAGGGGAAUGUGUUUUUGUACUUGAAAUGGAGAAAAAAAUCAGCACAUAUAUCAGAAAAUUGGAUUUUUAAAUCACCAUAUAUCAGUUAAAAAAAAUCAUAUAUCCGUCGGGCUCUACGACUUAGAACAAUUGAAGUAAGUUAGAAAAUACUGGAUUUUUGUUGUUGUUGUUUUUAUUAUCUGAAUGAAGAAAACAAAGAUCCUGUCUCUCCAUUUAUUGUUUGCCCUGAAUUCUGAUUGGCCUUUGGACUAGAAAGAUGUUUUUCAUUGUAAACAAUGUACCAAGGCUUCAGUACCUUAACUGCUAAAGAAUCACACAAAUAACACAACAAUUGUUAAUGAAAUGGGAGGGGGGAAAAACAAAAGUCUACAAUAUAAUGCCAUGUGAGAGCUGACAGACACUAUGACCACAGGACUAAACUAGCUGGGAGAAGCAAUAAGUAUAAUCAAACUGAAGCUGCUUGUAAAUGUCUCUCUGCAACAAAUGUGACCUCUUAGCACUAGCUAAGCGACAGAGAGUCACUUAUAUUCAAAUGUCAACCAUGACAGUGAAGAAUCCAUUAUCCUGUCUGAGAUCUCAGAUCAGUACUUACACAGUGGUAACUAAGCAUGGUCCUUGGAGGCAUCUGGAAGUCUCAAUAACUUACAAAAAUGAAAAGUUACUGCACUGCUAUUUUGGGGGAGGGGUAUCUGAGAAACCCCUCUUUUUUUGUUUUACUUUUCAGAGACAGUAUUUAAUGUGUGUCUUCUUUAUAUCUCAGAAUAUUCCAACAAACAAACUGGAUUGUGGCAAAAAAAGUGGACACUUGUAUGUCUGUAUGCAUAGCUUUAAACAAAAGGACAAAGAGAUUUGUGGUGUUAGUUGUUUCACGGAGGUACCCCUGCACUGAACCGUCAUUCCUGAGGACCGACACCUCGCUGUAGAAACUUUGAAAGCCAUCAACAGACCUUCUGUACCAGUCCACACUGAAUCUUUGAACUGACGGCCUUUCAACUCAAAUGUUAUCUUUUUUUGGAAAAUGUGUUAUUGUAUAGCGAGCUGCACUUCACAUAACCGGCAGUAUCUACGAACUGAGAUACAGUACUGUAUAUACAUGUAUGAACAAUAUUUAAAUGUAGUUAUGUUACUGAAUGUACAGUUUUUUGGGCUCUUUUUGUAUACAGUUUUUAAACGGUCAUAUCUUGUGGAUUUUUGCCAACCUUUCUGUGGCUGUAAAUGGCGAACAUCUGUACAUUUGCUUGGAAAUAAAAGCGAAAAUGUGUUACAAAA